CGGACACUUGCUAUCAAUAAUCGAAGCCUGUACGGUAGAGACGUUCUUGGAAUCAAUGUAACACUAUUUUUAGCACUUUCUCUUAGGCUUUUCUGAUUAUCGAACCUUCAUUUGGUUCAUUUCGGGUGUUCUCUGGCUCUUCGCCAAGAAAUAGGGCUGUAUUUCGCAAAUCCUUCACGUUGGUCGACCGUUCCGCUAAGCACGAAGUUGGCACUUCCUGAUGACUUUUCGAACCAAUUAUCUUCUUUUCGCGCAGGAAGUCUAUAUUCAAUGGCGAUUGUGUUACGGCGAGCGUAAAGUUUGGAGUUAUCCCGCUUGGAGGGAGCCAGACUCCUAGCUCCUAAAAUCUAGUUCCAUGCUGAACGAGAUCGAUUUGAAAGGUGCUCCUUCGGGAAUUCGUGCUUAUGACUUGCUUUGGAAACCUGAUCCAUUAAGUCUCAAACAUGCAUUCGUUGAUGAAUUCCGGGAAAGGAUAAACCUGAAAUACAGGUCAGAUCUACAAAACUAUGAAGACCUGUAUCAAUGGAGUGUUGAUCAGCUGGAAGCAUUCUGGUCUGAAACCUGGGAUUAUCUUGACCCAAUAGUCAGCAGACAUCAUGACAAGGUUCUUACGGCUGCUCCUAUGGAAGAAGUUCCUGAAUGGUUUCAGGGCUGCCAGUUGAAUUUUGCUGAAAACUUACUCAGAUUCCGGGAUGACAGACCUGCCAUCAUUUCCAUAGUUGAAGGACAAAUAGAAGGUGUGAAGUUGACAUUUGCCCAGUUGUACCAACAAGUGACUCAGAUUGCAUCAGCCCUGAAAGCAGUUGGGAUUAAGAAAGGGGACCAUGUGGCUGGUUACUUGCCAAAUUGUUCUGACACAGUUGCCAUCAUGCUUGGGGUGGCUGCAGUUGGUGCUGUGUGGUGCUGUACAUCUCCUGAUUUUGGUGUCACAGGAACUGUUGAUAGACUGGUGUCAGUUGCACCAAAGGUACUCUUCACUGUUGAAGCUGUGAGAUACAACCAGAAGGUUCAUGACAAUUUACUGAAUGUGGAGAAGGUGUCAAAAAUGAUGAAGUUUGAUGUCAUUGUGGUUGUGCCUUUUUUGCGCCCAGAAGCUGAAAUUAAUAUCAAGAACAUCCCUAAAAGCCUGUUCAUGAAGGACUUCUUGGGGAGCCACAUGCAGCAAACCACUCUGGAAUUUGAGCAAGUACCAUUCAACCAUCCUGUCUAUGUUUUGUUCAGUUCAGGAACCACAGGAAGGCCAAAAUGUCUAGUGCAUUCUGUUGGUGGCACUUUGAUCCAGCAUCUGAAAGAGCUGAAGAUGCACUUCAAUCUUACCAGGAAAGAUUUGUUGAUGUUUUACACCACUGCAGCCUGGAUGAUGUGGCAUUGGGAAGUUUCAGCACUUGCUUUGGGAUGUCCAAUUGUGUGUUAUGAUGGGUCUUCCUUUUCUCCAAAGGAAACCAUUGUUUGGGAUAUUGUUGACCACCACAAAGUGACUGUUUUGGGGUUAAGUGCCAAAAUGGUGUCCAUGAUGGAAGACAAGGGCAUCCACCCUAGAGAAACUCAUGACCUGAUCUCACUCAGGGCUAUUUUGACAACUGGGUCACCUCUCAGUCCCCAUUCUUAUGAUUUUGUGUAUGCAAAAGUCAAAAGUCAUGUGAUGCUGUCCUCCAUAACAGGGGGAUCAGAUAUAAUUUCCUUGUUUGGUGCUGGAUGUCCUACAUUGCCUGUUUAUAGAGGCCUGAUCCAGUGCAGGGGUCUUGGAAUGGCUGUGGAGUGUUUUGAUGAACAAGGGAAUCCAGUGAGAGAUCAGCCAGGAGAGUUGGUUUGCACCAAACCAUUUCCUUCA